AUGUGUUACAAAAAGAUUCUUCCUCUUGUUAUUCCUCCGGAGGGCUUGCAUGAAAAUAUGCCGGCGGCAGAAGUGACGGUGGUUACAGAGGUGGUAACCACCGUCGGUCAACGUGACGGUGGCGGUGGAAAGAAGAAGUGUGUGUGUUCACCGUCGAAGCAUCCUAGAUCGUUCAAGUGUAGGUAUCAUCAUCAUGAAUAUCAAUGGCUUCCUUCUCCUUCUUCUUCUUCUUCAUCCCUCCACAAAUAA